AGGCCAGCCAAAAUUUGCAGCAGGCAGCAGUUCCUUACCAAAGGACUACUGAUGGCCGCUACUUCCGACGCACGGGACGCACUAUUCAAUUUACCACUCGGGUUACUCCUGACUACGACAAAAUUAUUAGAGAAAUAGCUCACCACAAAAAUUGCCUGUUAGUAGAAAUAUUAGAAAAAUCUCUAGAAUCUUAUU